AGAACACACAAUGAAGGAGAAAUCCAAAACUGCCGCAAGGACUAGACGGGAAAAGGAGAACAGCGAGUUCUAUGAGCUGGCCAAAAUGUUGCCUUUACCCUCGGCUAUCACGUCUCAGCUGGACAAAGCGUCUAUAAUAAGACUGACAACAAGUUAUCUGAAGAUGAGAAUUGUCUUCCCUCAGGGUUUGGGUGAAGCUUGGGGUCACACGAGUCGAACGAGAACUUUGGACAAUGUCGGACGUGAGCUGGGAUCCCAUCUUCUCCAGACAUUGGACGGCUUCAUCUUUGUUGUGGCGCCGGACGGAAAGAUCAUGUACAUAUCUGAGACAGCAUCAGUCCAUCUGGGACUCUCUCAGGUAGAGCUGACCGGGAACAGUAUUUACGAAUAUGUCCACCCCGCCGACCACGACGAAAUGACUGCCGUUCUCACCCCACAUCAGCCGUACCACUCACAUUUCGUCCAAGAAUAUGAGAUGGAGCGCUCUUUCUUCUUGAGGAUGAAAUGUGUGCUGGCAAAGAGAAACGCCGGCCUCACCAGUGGUGGAUAUAAGGUGAUCCACUGCAGUGGUUACCUAAAGAUCCGUCAGUACAGCCUGGACAUGUUGUCUUUCGACGGCUGCUACCAGAACGUGGGCCUGGUGGCAGUGGGACACUCUUUGCCUCCCAGCGCCGUGACAGAGAUCAAGCUGCACAGCAACAUGUUCAUGUUCAGAGCCAGCCUCGACAUGAAGCUAAUCUUCCUCGACUCGAGGGUGGCAGAGCUGACUGGUUACGAGCCCCAGGACCUCAUUGAGAAGACCCUGUACCACCACGUCCACAGCUGUGACACCUUCCACCUGCGUUGUGCCCACCACCUGUUGCUGGUGAAGGGCCAGGUGACCACUAAGUAUUACCGUUUCCUAGCCAAACAGGGGGGCUGGGUGUGGGUGCAGAGCUACGCCACCAUCGUCCACAACAGCCGUUCCUCCAGACCCCACUGCAUCGUCAGCGUCAACUACGUCCUGACAGAUACUGAGUAUAAGGGAAUGAAGCUCUCCUUGGACCAGAUGAGCCCUAGCAAGCCAGCGUUCCACUACAGCAGCCCUCCGAGUCGUACAGAGGAGAAGAAGGGGACCAAGACCCGUAUGACACACACCAAGGCCAAAAUCAGAGUGUCUCCCUACCCACAGCAGUUUUCAGCCUUUCACCCCGAGCGUUCCGAGUCCGACCAGGACAGCCAAUGGGAAGGCAGCCCUCUGACAGAAUCUGCCUCCCCUCAGCUGCUGGACCAAGGUGAGGGAGCGGAGGGCGGGGCCUGUGCCUACAGACUCUACCCGGACUCCGGCUCCCUCUGCUAUGGCCUGGCUCUCUCCGAGGAGGACCUCACACACAGCCACACCCACUCCCACCAUCCUGCCACUGCCUGCGACAGCGGUGCCCACUGCCAGGCUGGCCGUUAUUUCCUGGGCGCUGCUCCCCAAUCUGGACGGGAGGCCUGGUGGGACGCAACACGCUCCGUCCUCUCUCUGCCCAAGUCGUCUUUGGAGAAUGGCGAGGGCUACGACCUCACUUCCUACCACAGCGUGGUCCAUGGAAGGGGUCACUGGGACGAAGAGAGCGUGGUCAGCUCACCAGAAGGGGGCGGAGGCUCCACCAGUGACUCGGGCGAGCGUUGCCGCGAUGGCACUAACAGUGACCAUUUUCGAGCGAGUCCUCAGGAGCCCAGCAAGAUGGAGACUCUGAUCCAUGCCACGCAGCACAUGAUUAAGGAGGAGGAGAGCCGUUUGCAGCUGCGCAAGGGGCCACUGGACCCCCUGGGCCCAGUGGGGGCCCCCUCCAACAACAGCCCCUGCUCCUUCACCCCCUCUACCCUGCCCCUCCCUCAGGCCGCCAUGCCUGGCGUGGUGUGCCGCGGGCCGGGGGUCGCCAACGGCAUCAACCUCACCCUCACCUCCGAGCGCCUCUAUCCCCGCGAUGAUGGCGGCAAGGUUUUGGAUUCCCACGGCAACAUCGACAACAACAUAGCCAGUCCGGCGUCUCUGUCGCGCCUCAGCAGCCCCAGCACCGAUGGGAUCCCCAGGUCAGGCCUGUCUGUCUCAAAAGACUACCUGCAGGGUCAGACAGAUGUCUCACCCCACCACCACCCUCUAGGGCAGCAGGGGAGCCCACUGCCUUACCAGGCCCAGGAGAUGCAGCCCCUGGACAGGCAUGCUGCCUACGCCCUGACCGGCUACUCCCAGGUGCACCUGUAUGACGCAGAGAGCCUGAGGAACUACUCGGGGCUGGGCUGCGGAGGGGCUCAGUACGACAUGGUGCCCCACAUGAGGAUGCAGGCUGACCAGAUGCAAGGACACAAGGGCACGUCAGUGAUCAUCACCAAUGGGAGCUGACCAUACAUAACGGACAGAUC